AUGGCCUCGGACACAGCUAAGACCAUGAGGGAGGAAGCCACCUGCCCCAUCUGCCAGGAGCUGAUGACUGAGCCCGUGAUCAUAGACUGUGAGCACAUCUACUGCCGUUCUUGCAUAUUAGAAAAUCUUGAGAAGCAGCAACAGAAGUCACCAACACAGGAAAUCUUCCAGUGUUCUGUAUGUAGGGCACAGUUUCAAAGGGAGAGCAUCCGGCCCAGUAAGCAGCUAGAAAGCAUCAUUGGCAACAUUAAGAAGAUGGAGCCCAAAAUUCCCAAAAUUAUACAGGUUGGAAGAAUACUAGACAACACAUUUUCCUGCUCUUCCCUGGUUAAAGUUACUCUAGAUCCAGAUACAGCGCACAAUAACCUACUUCUGAACGAGGAUGAAAAAAAGGCAACUGGUGGAUCCCCCCAAGUGAAGCAUGAGACCCCAGCUAGAUUCAAAGACUUACCCUGUGUCCUGGGAUGUGAGACCAUCACCUCAGGAAAACAUUACUUUGGAAUAUAUAGUAUAAGCGGACCUGAGUGGGAUGUCGGAGUUUGCUGGGAAAAUGUACCAAGAGACAAUGGCAUGAGACGGGAUCCUGAGUCUGGAUUCUGGGCCAUCAGACAUUGCAAAGACGAUGACUAUGUAGCUCUUACAUCUCCCCUAACUCCUCUUCCUCUGCAGAAUGUUAGCUACAUAGGGGUUUUUGUGGACUAUGAGGCCGGACUUGUCUCCUUUUAUGACGUGGUAACUGGCUCCCACAUCUUCACUUUCCCAAAGGCCUCUUUCUCUGAGCCUAUCAGGCCUUAUUUCUGUAUUGGUGAAGAUUCUGAUCUGUACACAUAG